GUCGUCGAGUCUUCUAGGAGUUUGGGGAACGCCGGCCCGAGUACCCCGAGUGUGUAGUCAUGUCGGCGUCGGUAGUGUCGGUUAUCUCGCGGUUCUUAGAAGAGUACUUGAGCUCCACUCCGCAGCGUCUGAAGUUGCUGGACGCGUACCUCCUGUAUAUACUGCUGACCGGGGCGCUGCAGUUCGGUUACUGUCUCCUCGUGGGGACCUUCCCCUUCAACUCUUUCCUCUCGGGCUUCAUCUCAUGUGUGGGGAGUUUCAUCCUAGCGGUUUGCCUGAGAAUACAGAUCAAUCCACAGAACAAAGCGGAUUUCCAAGGCAUCUCUCCAGAGCGAGCCUUUGCUGAUUUUCUCUUUGCCAGCACCAUCUUGCACCUUGUUGUCAUGAACUUUGUUGGCUGAAUCAUUCCCAUAUGCUUAAUUGAGGAGUAGGAGACUGGAAGAAUGUUCAUUUUUUUAUUUUCCUGGAUAAGAGUUCUUGAGAUGGCAGCCUGUUGGACAUGUGCUUCAAGAUUUGUACUUCUACGAACUCCGAUUUGGCAUGCAGUUGGAGAGCCCAGAGAAGUUUCUAUCAGAACAACUUUGUAAUGAACACUUAUUAAUCUGACUUCUGCUUUCCAUAAGUGUAACCUUUUGCCCUCCAAAUUAAAAAACUCCCUGCCACAAAAAAAAAAAAAAAAAAAAAAGGAAA